AUGCGUCUUCCAGAAGUCAAGAACGACCCAAGGAAGGUUCAACUCGCCCGCAUCGCGUACGUACAUUUCGAGCAUCCGGACCUUGAUCGAUUCUGUAAAUUCGCCUACGACUUUGGUUUUGUGGAAGAGCGAAGGACUAGCGACAGGGUCUACUUUCGUGGCUAUGGGAAGGAUCCUUAUGUGUAUGUCGCCUCACAGAGCAAGGACGGCGUGCCGCGAUUCCUCGGUCCAGCCUUCGUUGCCGCUUCCUCUGCCGAGUUCGAGAAAGCAGCACGGAUAGACGGUGCGACUCGUGGCUCGUUAAAGGAUACCCCGGGCGGUGGUGAAAUUGUAACUUUUCGACGAGUCGAUGAUACAUACUUCCAUGUCGUUUUCGGCCAGACGGAGCGCGAGACGGGACCUACGGAACCUACAGCCACCCAUGAGCAACAGGGCCCCUUUAACAAACCGUUUGAAAAGCCAAGACUAGGCCGAUUUCAGCGAUACCAUCCUGGCCCAGCUCUUGUACACAAGCUAGGUCAUUUCGGCUACGCCUGUCCUUCCUUCGACACUGAGUUUGCAUGGUACACCGAAAACUUCAACUUCGUCCCCUCCGACGUCUUAUACCACUGGGACUUCUCGAACAUGGAUGUUCUAACAUUCAUGCACCUGGACCUGGGCGAGGAGUACUCGGACCACCACUGCUUCUUCAUGCAGCGAGCCGAACCGAACGUUAAGAAGACCUACGUUCAUCACACAUCGUUCGAAGUCGCUGAUUUUGAUACUCAACUCAUCGCCCACGACUGGCUGGCGAAAAAAGGCUGGAAGAGCGUGUGGGGCGUCGGUCGGCACGUCUUGGGCAGUCAAAUCUUCGACUACUGGGGCGAUCCUAGCGGCUUUAAGAUAGAGCACUACGCAGAUGGUGACCUCGUGAACACUCAUACUAAGACGUCGAGGGAUGUCGUAGGGCCUUUCUCUGUGUGGGGUCCUGAAGUGCCUAAGGACUUCGGCGGCAAGGGCGUGUAG